AUGUAUGUCCUCACGCAGUCUUUCGUUGUCCUGACCACUGUCGUUGCUCUCGCCCUCGGCCAGGAUGCUGGCGUCACGACGUCUACCUCAACUCGGAUUUACACGGCAUACGGGACAUCUCCAACCUCGAGCGUGUACACAAGCCACGUCACUAUCUACGGCGACACGACUACCCUGACCAGCACUUCGAGGGUCACCACAACAAGUCCCAUUCGGUUCACAACGAUCAUUCCUUAUACUUUUCUGUCGACUCUCAACGUUACUAGCACAUAUCGCGCAACUACCGAUGUCUUCACUAGCACUACCACAAGCACACAGUAUAACAUGCUAAACACCACUUCAACCUCGUAUAUCAAUGUCACUGCUGCCGCGAACACCACACUCGUUACAGAAAGUAUUGUCACCAUCCCCACGCCGAGCGGCUUUGUCCCGGUAGACGAGUCUUCUGGGGAUGAAAACUACAAUGGAACCAUGAAGCGACGGGAUGCAGAACUCGAAAGAGAUGUUCCUCUGCAACCCCGACAGGCUGCUGUCACCACAACGGCCGAUGCUUGUUAUAUCUCUAUCAUUUCUGUUGUCACGCGGUUGGCUCCACAAACCACUUCUACAACGACUGUGACUUCGACGAAAACAAGCACUCAGCGACCACCGCGGACCGUGACUCAGUCGACGACCCUUACUGUGACCAACACAGUGGGCGUCCCUGACGUCCCAGUGCUCUCUACCUUGGUAGUGACAGUGCCCGCCACCACGAACCUGACCCAGGUCAUCGUGGUACAGACAGAAACAACAGUCGGCACCCUCACAAGCACCUUCACCUCCUACACCGCGACCCGAACCGCCCAUCUCGCCUGCGGCACCGACAACCAGCUAGGCCCGCGGAUCGAGGACGGCACCUACAUCGCCGCCGUCGUGGACAACACGCGCGCCAACGUCGGCACAGGCACCAACGCGACAUCCAGCUACGACUGCUGCGCCAUCUGCCAGGACGCCGCGGGUUUCUGUGACUUUGCAUACUACGACACGCAGGCCGCCGGUUCGGGGAGUAACAACAACAGCAGCAGCGGCAACAACUGCAUGCUGUACAUGGCGAAUGCGCCCAAGAAGGCCCAGGGAGGAGGAGGAGGCAAUGCCACGUGCUCGCAUGCCCAGGCUGGGUUCUACAAUACGAAUAAAAAGACCACGAAUAGGUGGGUCGUCAUCAACGGGCCGUGUGGCCAGCUUGUCCAUGGCAAUCCCACCCCGAAGGCGAGCUCGACGACUGCUGCUGCCGUGUCUACGAGCUCGUCUGCGGCCGUGCCUACCUAG